GCAAUAACGAGAGCUUUAAUAUCUUCUAUGGACAAGUUCAGUUUUGCUCGGCAUGGGCUAACCAGAUUGCCUCCUGGUUUCCGCUUUCAGCCCACAGAUGAAGAGCUUGUCUUCCAGUACUUGAAAUGCAAGGUGUUCUCACUCCCAUUGCCUGCUUCAAUCAUUCCUGAGAUCAAUGUUUGCAAAUAUGAUCCUUGGGAUUUGCCAGGUGGGUUGGAGCAAGAAAGGUACUUUUUCAGCCAGAAGGAACUGAGAUAUCGAAAUGGGAACCAAACCAAACGAACAACUAAUUCUGGUUAUUGGAAGGCAACUGGCUCAGACAAGAAAAUUGUAUCUUCGAAAAGGAAUCCUGUAAUGGGAAUGAAAAAGACUCUGGUUUUCUAUAGAGGGAAGUCCCCCCAAGGAAUUAGAACAGAGUGGAUCAUGCAUGAAUAUCGUCUUGUCAAUGCAGAAACUUCAGCUUGCAUUUUCCCGCAGAUGGAUAACUCAAUCCAGCGGCAUUCUUUAGCUGAAGUGGAAAAUUGGGUUAUCUGUCGCAUAUUUUUGAGGAAAGGAAGUAUGAAAGACAAUAACGUGAUUAUUCAGACAAACACAGAAAACAAAGUUAAGGAUGUUGGGAUGGCACAGCCUAGAUUCUUCGAUUUUAUGAUGGGACACAAGACCAAUCUGGCUCAUGAUUCUUCGAGUUCUUCGUCGUCUUCGAGUUCCAGUAGUAUCACUGAUCAUCAGGUCUCUUCAAGUGGAGCAGAACAUGAAGAAGGCAGCGCCUGCAGCAGCUGUUGAUCAUUUACUAGAAAAGUGCAAGCAACUAUUAAGUUCAUCUUCAUGAAGAGAGAAAAAAAAAAAAAAAUCCUCAAAAAUAUUACUUUAAGCGAUAUAUUGACAGAUUAGGGGAUGUAAGAAAUGGUUUUUGGCCAUUG